AUGCGGCCAGAGGCGCUGCGCGAACCCUACGCAGGGCCCGAGAGUGGUCCUGAGCCGCCUUUCCCGAUCAAGCUGUUUGGACCGGUGAUCAAAGGCUUUGGACGAGGGAGCAAAGAGCUCGGCAUUCCAACCGCCAACAUCCCGCCGGAAGGACUAGCCUCGCACCCUGAGCUCGAGUCCGGCGUGUACUACGGGUGGGUGGGACUGUCGCUGUCGCCGUCGCCGGACACGCUGUCGAGCUCGACGGCGGUGUACCCGUCGGUGCUGAGCAUCGGCUACAACCCGUUCUACAAGAACACGGUGCGCAGCGUCGAGAUCCACAUCCUGCACGACUUCAGCCACGACUUCUACGGCGCCGCCCUGAACCUGCUCGUGCUCGGCUUCAUCCGGCCCGAAUACGACUAUGUCUCGCUCGACGCCCUGGUCGACGACAUCAAGACCGACUGUGACGUCGCGGCCCGCAGUCUGCGCAGGCCCGCUUACGAAAAGUUCGAGCGGGAGCCCUGGCUGAAAGACUUUGACUGGUUCAAGUCCAUUGAUACCGCCAAGCUGGAGAGAGAAGUCUUGAACAAGGAAUAG